CGCAAGCCGGGCUGCAGGAGCGCGGCGCGCUGCUUGUGACGCCUGAGCACCGCCUUUCGCUGGAGCUCAAGUGAAGAGAAUUGUGGUGCAGCAGCGCGCAGCCGCCGCCACGACAACGCCAGCCACGACAACGCCAGCAGCAGGGCUCGCGCGGUGAGCUGUUGGGGCAUGGCAGCGAGGUAGCUAGCGACGCUGCUCGCGGCACUGCUGCGCACGCCCAUCCUCACCAUCUUGAACGAGAGCGAUGAGCUGCUGCACCACCGGUCCCAGCUGGUCGCAGGUUCCCGCAGCUGCUGGCCGUAGCAGUGCUACGGCGACGGAUGGGCCGCUGCUCGUGAGCCUGGCCUACGCCUGGCAGGCGGUGGCCUUCCCGGCGCAGGCCAAGCCGUUGCUGCUGGUCACGAACCUGGGGCUGGCGGCAGCUGGCAUCACGCAGGCCCCUGCGGCUGCAUGGGCGCAGCUUCGGAGGCGGCUGGGCUUUCGUCAGUUGAUCAGUGUGCGGGUGUUUGUCGGCGAGGCCUCGUACCGGGUCCGCCCGGGCAUCAUGGGCGCCGCACCGAGCAAUGGCAAUGCAGAGCUGAAGGCCGUGGCGCAGGAGGUGGAGGCGGAGCUGCGGCGCCUGGUGCAGGGGCGGCGGCCGCAGGUGCAGCAGCUGCUGGUGAUGCGCGGCCGUCAAUCACAGAUGACGCGCAGUGACCUAGAGAAGGCCGUGGAGGGGCUGCAGCUGCAGCUGUGAGACAGGGUUGCGUAGGAACUGCAGUUACAAGAACCAACCCCCGGAGCAAGCCGGACCGGGUGGGCUAGGCGCAACGUGAAGCCGGGAAGCCUGGUCGCUGCCCAUGGCGGCUCUGUCGUGGCCCAUUAGGGUAGGGCUUGGGCUGCCAGUGCUGUACGGUUCAAGGGAGAGGUCUUGGCAAUCUGUUUAGCGUUGGAGGCACGGGCAAGGGCAGUUGGAUUUGUACUGGGUUGCGGAUGGGCGAACGUGGGAGUCCUCUUGAUUGAAAGGCGCAUGGCAUUUUGGGUGGUUGCGCGCCCAAGUGCACUUAAGGAAGAAAUGUCAGGUAGGCAUAUGCGCGAGGUGUGUUGUCGGAGCCAGUUGAGUUGCAGCAGUGGAUUCGAGAAUGCAUAGUGGAUACGGUAGACAGAGUGGUCUACCGUGAUGGACUAGCGCACAGCGGAGCAGCGGACGAGCUGCUCAUGGGAACGGUCCGUCCGGCGUUGUCGCGCCAUUCUGCCGGCACUGCAUUCCACCGGCACGAGCAUGUGUAGCUUAGGCGGGUUCGUGUCGCGUGUGUGGUUGCGUGUGGACUUGAGCAGCUAAGACUGCUGUGUAUCGCCUAUUUGGUGUAGGAUAAACCUUGCUUGCUAUCGGCCUGAGAGAAAGGUGCGAGUGAGAAGUUUCGGUACAGCUGGUUGGACUGCGGGCGUUGCUGUUGUACACAGUGCGGUGUGGAGGUGAUUGCGGACUUCUGGUCGCGGGUAGCUGCGUUAUUGAGUCUGCGUCGGCCUCCGCGCCGCUGGGACCUUGUCCCGAUCUAGCACCCAUUCCAAAGCAGAUGGUGUUGGAGGAAUUGUGAAGGAGAAGUGAAGGAGAAACCCGCCAGUGAGAACCACCGGGGUAUCUCACAACUCGGGGUACCACCAGGCGGCUGGAUGGGGUCUACGGGAGCCCCUUCUUCCGCGGGCCUUUUCACUAUGAGCAAUAACUCGUACAAGGAU